AUGAAAGCCGAGGGCCGACUCCAGCACCCCAGAUUACAAGUCCUUUACCUUCAGGCGGACGACAAGCGAAAUCAAGAAGCAAAAUGGGCGGGCCAGGCAGACAAGGGUGAGAAGCAGGAAGCAGAAGGGAAGCGCCGGGCAGAAAAGCACAGCAGACCAACUACGUUCACGGAGCUCAUUCAACUUUUUCUCCCGGUCAUUGAGAGUCGAUACAUCAUCUCGCUCGACAACUGA